CAAAAACAAAAUAUGCAGCUGCUAAGUGCUCUGGUGAUUCUUACUGUACUCGCAGGCACAGGGUCUGCUCUUUCGUGUUAUGGUGGUCUUAAUGGAGACCCACCCAUGUGCUCAAAUUGUACAGGCAGCUGUACAGCAGGAAUUGGUUGCAAGUGUUCUACCUCUUCUGCAUUUUGCCUCCCGAAUCCUCACACUUGUUCCAUGAAUUCUACAGCUUGUUGUCUCUCAAACCUUUCUUGGCACCCAGACCUUGGCUGUUGUGUAGAGGAAGCCUUCUGCUCUCCAAUGUGUCUACCAGAUGAAACUUGUACCUAUGUUAAUUCAACACCAACCUGCAAAUACAAUAGUACUUUGUACCAAUCCCUUCACCUUGGAAUAAAUAAUGUAUCUACCUCAGUGACAUGUGGAGGCAACAAUAUGACAGUGUCUGUGAGUAAAAACUUGUUGGAAUACCUACACUACAAUCCCUCGGCCUCCAGUUUAUCAGAUGGUAACUGUACUGGUGCUUUUGAGGACAUCCUGAAUGGGCAGAAAGUGUACUCACUUGCGGUGAGCAAUGCUAACAAAGUCUGCGGCAACACAAUGACGAAAACCAGCACCCAGGUGACGUACACAAACACACUCCAUAUUCCUCCCAACAGUGACAAAGGAAUUGUAACUGUUUCCAUAGUUUCACUACAGUUUUCCUGUACCUACAACCUCACCAUGCAGACAGCUCUACUAACUGUAAUCAAACCAGUAAUGAGCUCAGGCAACUUGAACUUUGGUGGUGCAGGAGACGCUGCCUCGACAACUAUUGCAGCAUAUGUUAACCCAACAUAUACCCAGCCCUUAGAGCAAUCACAACAGCAGGAUCUGCCUCUAGGCUCCACACUAUAUUUUGGAAUGAGCUCUCAAUUUCCGGAUACAGCCUUUGUAUUAAGAGUGGAGAGGUGCUUUGCUACCCCCUACAAUGAUGCACAGAGCCCCCUUAAGGCUGAACUGAUCCAAGGCGGUUGUCCCACUGGUGAUGGACCAUAUAUAAAGGUGGAAGAGAAUGGUGUAUCUAAGGAGGUCAGAUUCAGUAUAGCUUCCUUUGCAUUCAACGGAUUCGACGUUGUUUAUAUCUUCUGCAAUGCUCGUUUAUGUAGUAAGGCAUCAGAAAAAUGUUCUGAGUGUUCAUCUUCUCGAUCUGAGGUGGAGACUACACAGUUUAGCAUGGGACCUUUUCAAUUCACAGGGUUAGAAGAAAAUGCCAGCUCUCAUACAGCUUUGUCUUCUGUUUUAAUAUUGGGAAGUCUCUUAUGUCUGUGGAUCCUUUGAGGUCGUCAGAUCCUGCUAAGAAUCUGUUAUAUGGAAUGAGCUACUUCUAUUCCUGUGCAACAAAUAUAUUUUAAAGUGGAUCAAUUUGUUUCAUUCAUGUCUGUUUAAGAUUGUGGGGCCUAUCUAUCAAGCUCCGAAAGGACGGCCCGUGUUUCUGGCGAGUCUUCAGACUCGCCAGAAACAGCAGUUAUGAAGCAGCGGUCACAAAGACCGCUGCUCCAUAACCUGUCCGCCUGCUCUGAGCAGGUGGACAGACAUCGCCGGAAAUCAACCCGAUCGAGUACGAUCGGGUUGAUUGACACCCCCCCUGCUGGCGGCUGAUUGGCCGCGAGUCUGCAGGGGGGCGGCGUCGCACCAGCAGCUCUUGUGAGCUGCUGGUGCAAUGCUGAAUACGGAGAGCGUAUUGCUCUCCGCAUUCAGCGAAGUCUUGAGGACUCGAUCCGCACUGUCGGAUCAGGUCCGCAAGUCCUUUCUUAAAUAGGGGCCAGAGCAUCUAAAUAGCUGGAGACAGACAAUACAUUUUUUUAAAUUGUGGGUCUUGAAGAUGUAACUCUAUCACUUACUGCAUGACAUUUGAUUAUUGUACAUUUUUCAAAAUGUUUUUUACAAAUUUAGUCAAUAAUCACAAAAGAUGAAAAACAUAGGUUUUGCAAUAAAAUUGACCACUGUAGUGAUACACACAUAUUUAUAACAAUAUAAGUAAUAUAAUAGAACGUGUAUUAAAAUUAAUAUUUAUGAACAAAUCUUUAAAUGAAAGUAAUAUCUAACAACUAUAUAACAUCCUAAAGUUUAAAUUGCUGUACAUUAACUACGGUACUAUAAAAAUAUGUUUUAUCAUAUCAUAUUAUUACCAGGGCAUUUUUAGUUAUGUUUUCUCAGGUUUUUCAGCUUAUUAUAAUGUUAUUGUGUACAACAAUGUAUUACAUUGUAAUACAUAGAUAAUGUGUAACAGGAGGGUAGGGUUAAAAAUUAAUUUAAAAAGGAAUUUAGAGCUUAUGUGAGAGCCUUUUAUCUCACCUGCAUGGACACAAAACAUAGAAGCUCUGUCUUUUCUAUUGCAAUUUAGAAGGCAAUACAGCCAAUCAGCUGCCAUACUGCCCAGCCAAUUGAAAGAAAGUGUCCUGGAGUUGAUGGGUUGCGCAGCCGCCAUCUUAAAGGGCCAUAAUACCCAAAUGUUUAAACACUUGAAAGUGAUGCAGUAUAGCUGUAAAAAGCUGACUAGAAAAUAUCACCUGAACAUCUCUAUGUAAAAAAGAAAGAUAUUUUACCUCAAAAGUUCCUCAGUAGCCACCUCCCAUUGUAAAGGAUUUCUAAGCAGCAUUUUAGUGUGUCUGUCCUGGGACAGCUUAGGGGACGAGCUUCGUGAACUCUCAUAUUAUUUCACCAAUCAGGUAAAGGAAGCUUAGUAUGAACUCUCAUGAGAGUUAAGUCAAAUCUUAUGAGAUCACAGUAAAAGAGUUUAUGACCUCAGCACUGCUGAUGCUGAUUGGCUGCAGUUCAUUUCUUCAUUUUUUUUAAAUUUUUUACCUGCAGCUGGGAGCAGCUGAAGUAUAACUUUUUACACAGAACUUACUCUGCUGAGCUGCGGAGAUUGUGAGGUAAAAUAUCUUCGUUUUUUUACAUAGAGAUGCUCAGGUGAUAUUUUCCUGUCAGCUUUUUACAAUUAUACUGCAUCAGUUUCAAGUGAUUUACCAUAUGAGUAUUAUGUCCCUUUAAAUCAGAGACAGGUUUUACCUAGUGGACAGCUGUGCAGAUAAGAAAAAAGGAUCUAAAAUCAUUUUCGUGCUUGAUUUUAACCUUCCACGCUUUGUACACGUUAUCUAUGUACUGCAAUUUUAUAGUACACAGUAACUAAUUACUGUCCCUUUAAAAGGUUUAAUAGUAGGUGUGGUUUGAGACUCGAUUCUUAACCUUCAACUGCUUGUGAUAGUAAAAAUGCCACCUAUGAAGAGGUUGCUUAAGAAGAUCACAUGUUUGCUGCUGUUUAUGAAAGUAAAUUUACAUUUCAUAUCUACUUAGAGUAAUUGUCAUUAACCUUAUUCUGAGCUUUGCUUUUAAACCUCCAUGAAUUGAACGACUGAGUAUAUAUUUUAUUCAUGUAGGGUUUAGGGUUCAUGUACUUAGCUUUCCAAAUAGAACAAUCUCCUGAAUAAUGUAUGCUGCACAUAUACUGACUAUACUUUCUGCAAAUCUUCUCUGAGUUCUGGUUAUUUUAUAGAAUGCUGUUCUAGGUAUCUGUCGGCUCUUUGAUGUUAUUCUGUGAACUAUUUAGAUCACUCCUGUGUUUUUUUGUUCCUAUGUAUGUGACAACCCUAUGUAAUGCUGCUCUGAAAAAUAUACUAGGGUUACUAUAUUGGUCCAUUAAUUUAUACUCAAGCUCCAGAUGCCUUCAGAAGUCCUCUGAUCAGUUUUUCUCUUCUAUUACUAACCAAAUGUAGACAAUAAGCCCCAUGUACUGAAGGUCAAGCGGACAAGCUUCUCAACUCAAGAAGUUGUCCGCUCGCCUUUGCUACAUACGGGCAAUAGACGAACAGGAUCCGCUGCCCGUAUGUAUCAUUUACACGCUCAAGUAAGUGUGUAAAGCCCUCCCCUUCUCUCAGCAACUGUCAAUCACCGAAAGCGAGCCAGCUCUCUGUGAUUUCUCCUUGCAACCUCAGAGGUCGAAUGACUGCUGCUUUCUUACAUUGCGGGAAGUAGACUCGCAUAUGCGAACCUGCCCUGCAAGGGCUCCCGAGCAGCUUAGUACAUGGAGUCCAAUCUCAAUUUUUAAGGAGAAAUAAUGUUGAGGGCUAUUUAGUUUUGUGUUUAUUACUUUUUAUCAAUUAUGUUUACUAUUUUUUUCUGAAGUAUGCUAUUUCAAAAAGAUAGCAAUUUCAGUAGUUUGUAAUUAAUAUUUAACUUUUGUUGCAUAUAUACUAUAUGUAUUUUAAAACAACCCAUUUAUUUCUAGAAAUGUGAUUUUUUUUUCUUCUUCUUACCCACGCGGGUAAAAUGAUUUCAAAUGCAUUAUUUAUGUACAAUUCUUUUAUGUAAAUAGGAAAAACUGUGCUGUAUUUGUUUUAUGUAAUUAUGAAAAAUGUAAAAUGUAAUAAAGAUGGAAAGAAUAAAACAAA